AUGGAAAGAAUGAUGGUCGGAGUGAAACUGGGACAAGGAACCAGAAGUAAAAGAAUCAGAGGAUGGACAGGCUUGAGCGAGAUAGUGGUCAAAGCCGUAGCGAAGAAAUGGGCAUUUGCCAGAAAGCUGAGAGACCUGGACGACAAGACCUGGGAGAAAAAGGUUUUAAAAUGGACCCCCGAUGGUAGAAGACCAGCAGGAAGACCGAGAACAAGAUGGGACGAUGAACUUCGUAAACGGAUAACUAUUGACUGGAUGGAUGCUGAUGAGAUGAGAUGGAACGAGGCCCUUAGUGACUACACCGUGGAGAUCAAUGAGUAUUGUCAUGUAUGA